AUGGAGGAGGUAGAUGGUCAUGAUCAUAUGAAUGGCCGCUUUUUCUUUCCCAACUUACGCACCAUUGAAAUAAAUUCAUGUGGCAAGUUGGAAUCUCUAUUUCCAGCUUCAUGUUGUAAAAAGCUUGUGCACUUGGAAUCUGUGGAUGUCUGGGGAGCUAGAGAGUUGGAAUAUGUGUUUGGAAAAUCUUGCGGUGAUGAUAAGUCACGUCAACAGAAUCAGAAUUGUGAGAUUCAUCUCCCAGCUCUCAACAGAGUAAUCCUUACCGAAGUACCAAAUAUGGUGAGUAUGUGCCCUGAAAACUAUUAUAUGAAAGCAUCAUCUCUAGAAGAUGUCAUUUUGGGUAAAUGUCCGCAACUUCCUAUAAACUCUUUUAUAGAUGUAUCAGUGGAGGGACAUGAAGGACAAGAACAAGUCUCGAGGAAAAAGGUAAUUGGGAUGCGCUUUUGCAAUUUGAGACAUCUUGCUUUAGUAUAUUUGGACUUGGAAACAAUUUAUGAUUUGGAAAGACUUCAAAUUGCAUGUCCUAUGAAUUCAAGCUUGAAAACCCUGAUUUUGGGAAGAUUGAACAAGUUAAGAAACAUAUGUGUGGGACCAAAAAAUCUUCAACUGAGCUUUCAAAAUCUUUUCAAGCUAACAAUAGAUGGAUGCGAUCAGUUGAAAUUUGUCUUGUCUGUGUCUAUCUCGAGAAGCCUGCCACGUUUGAGACACCUACAGGUAUCAGAGUGUGGAGAGCUAGAGCGCAUCAUUGAGGAUGAUGAUGAUGAAGAAUGUUGUUUCCCAAAUCUCCAUAGGAUUUUUGUGAAUAACUGCAAGAGGUUGAAAUGCCUAUUCUCUAUCUCCACACGUGGCAGCUUUCCACAGCUCUCGUGGUUGUCUAUAUCACAUGCCCCAGUGCUAGAACAAGUAUUUGGAGGGAAGCAGGGCGCAACAAGAGAGUUGCACAUCAAUGCUGUGUUCCCAAAGCUAUUUGUGAUAUACCUUGAAGAUCUACCAAAACUUCAUACCAUCUGCCUUGCAAUUGAUUUCCAGACCGUGAUAUGCCGUCUAGUCGAGGGUUGUCCCAAGCUCUCUUUAACUUCAACUGAUAAUGUUGACUUCAUUAAUAGUUAUCUGCAAUGGUUCCAAGAAUCUGAGAGUAAGAAGAGCAACAUGGAUGACGAUGAUCUUCUUGAACAGUAUCUUAAUAGGGCAAGAAAAGUAGCAGAGAAGCUUAUAAAGAGAGAUCGACCAGCAGCACAACAAAACAAUGCUUCAUCAAAUAUUAAGGAAAUGACAGAGGCAAGUGUUGAGGACAGUCUAAAACCAGAGGAGGCUGCACCGUUUGCUGCCCCUUCACAAAUUGAAUCUCCACGAAAUAUUGAAGCAAGUAUUAUUGGAGAAACAUCAAAUAAAGUUGCAAUGGCAAUUCCAUCAAAGACAACUGAAACAAGCUCUCCGUUGAUCCCUUCAAUCUCUACUCCCAAGAAGCCUCAAAUAGCAACUUCAAGUACUGAAUCAAAAGCAGAGAGCUCGCAAUCAGACCAUUUAGAUAUUUACAUUACUGAGUCUGCACAAGAUGAAAUUAAGGUCACUCAAGCAGAGACUUGCAUGCCUAAACAACUUGAGGAUGAUGAUCUAAUGAGAUUAUUCCAAACAAUGGAGGAAGGUGCUGCUCAUAAAGAUGAUAAUGAGGUGACUAAGGCUCUUGCUGAUUUGGAAGCCUCAUUGAAGAUGGAUCUAAAUGAAAUAGCUAGCUCUGAAGAAAGUAGACUUUGUCUUCAAAAUGCUCUCCACACCUUGUCCUCUCACUGUUCUGAUGAUAAUCUCAAAGCUACAGUACACUCUUUACAACAAGAAAUCCAAACUAUUCUAUCUUCUUUCAAGCAAGCCUAUGCUACCAUUGAGACAGCGACCAACCUUGAACAAAAAGAGAAGGUAAUGAUUGAACAACGUUCACAUCGAAAAGAAGCAGCCAUGACUCUUCUAUCUGAAAUUCACAAGACUCAAAAUUCGAUGGUUGAGACUCAAACAAGGGAAGCAGAGUUGAAGGAGCAAAUCUCUAAGUUGCAGGAUGAAUUGUAUUACAAAGAAAAAGAAAUUAAAGAGUGUGAGAUCAAAUUGUCGUCUCUUCAAGAGCAAAAGAAGAAGUGUGUUUCAGACACCAUUGAAUUCAAAAAGGAGUUGGAAGCAGUGAAGAAAGACAGGUCUUGCAUGGUGGAAGACCGAAUAAAAGCAAAGCACCAACUAGAGAAUGUGCAUUCUAGGUGGUCUUCUUGUCAAGCCAAUUUGAAGAAAACCUCAUCACAGUUGGGAAUUCAUCUUAAGCAGAAGCUUUGA